AUAAAUCGUCUUCUAACCGAGGCUAAUCGUUUAGAACAUAAAGAGGAAGCAGAAAAACUUCUUCUCCAUCAGCGGGCAGAGGCCUUACGUCGGGCGCAGGCUAAAAUAAAUAAAUCUUUAUCAAAAUUAAAUCGCCUUCAAAAAGCGAAAAGGAUAGUUUUCAAAAAGGGGAGGGCCAUCCCUAGUCCUUCUAAAGAGGUAGUUUCUUUUAAAGAAUCCGUUAUAAUAUAG